AUGAUUCCCACCUUUACAGGAGACCCGCUUGAUUGGCCUGAGUUUUAUAGCCAAUUUAAAAAGGCAGUGGACGAGACGGAUUUAGAUCCUCUGUUCAAAUUGGCGAAUUUACGUGAAAAAUUGGACGCGAAAACUAAGGCGAUUAUACGAAACUAUUCGUCAGCUGAUUACACAUCAGCAUUGGCUUUGCUUGAAGAGAAGUUUACCGCACCAGCGCACAUCAUGAUAAAAAUGGUGGAUAAGUACGUGAAAACAUUGCAAGGAAAAAUUCCUUCGCUGCAGGACUUUAUUGACACAAUCACGCCGCUGAUGAAGAAAAAGCGAACGGACUCCAUGUACUAUCCUGAUUUGCCAAAUCAGCAACGUCCUUAUUACAACGCAAACCAAUCCUCUUUUCGUGGAAGAGGAAACCGUGGACGAUCCUUCUAUCCGCGCAAUGCUCGCACAGUUGAAGCUCCCACACCUCAAGUGGUGCCCCGAGCUCAACCGAUGCCCAAUCGAGGCAAUAAGAACAUCCCACUUCGAGGAAACUACUCAAAUAUGCAACGAAGUCAACCUGGAAAUUUACGCCGAAAUGAUUUCGCACCUCCCGCUGCGAGCAAAGAAAUUAAGCCGCCGUGCGCCGGGUGUGGAAACCCGAGACACUCGAAGGCUGCUUGCCCAUUACUUACCAGCUUAGAACGUUUUAAGAUUGCCCGACGGAACAAGCUCUGCUAUAUGUGCCUGCGUCCAGGACACUUGAGCUCAGAGUGCUACAAUCCUAAGACGUGCAAUAAAUGCAACGGGGCACACAACCCGUACAUCUGCCCGACACCACAAAGCCCACAGCAGAACCAACAGAGAGCCCCACAAAGGAACACACGAGGCACAAACAGACCGCAGAGAGGCAAUANACCUGUUCGCUACAAUGUUAACUACUUUAACGAUCCCCGAGAGCAAGGACCUCGAGACAAUGAAGAAGAGGCACCAUCCUUCUACAGUGAGCUGCCUUUUUCAGGAGGAAAUGUCUUCGUUAUUCAGCUAAUAGAAGAAUACGAUGGACUCACCUAUGGUGAAGCCUCUGCUAUUUCUGGCACAGGCAAUAAAACAUCGCAGCCAGGCCCCUCUGCGAGAGACGCAG